UUGUACAUUUUGCGCGCAUCAACUAAACUGACAUACUCAUCAGAAACCAGCUUAAGAGAUGGCAGGUUAUGUCGAUAGCAGAAACCAGCUUGCCACAACAAUCAUUUUGAUUCUCUUCUCAUCGUCAUUGGCCCAUGCAAACGACGUCGACGUGGCCGAGAUCUUCAACCAGUGGAUCGUCCAACAUCAGAGGGUGUACUCAACCGAGGUUCACAAACAAAACCGUUUUGAGAUAUUCAAAGCCAACUGGGAAUACGUCGAGAACUUCAAGAAGAUCGGCAACAAGACCUAUACCUUAGGUCUGAAUAAGUUCUCGGACUUAAGCCCGGAAGAAUUCCUGAAAACUUAUACCUGCGGCAGAGAUCCCACUCCCACCAGUACCCACUCAAACUCGACCUCCACAUAUCCUCAUGUCGGCAUGGAUUAUCUUGACUAUGAGGCAUGCUAUGAAUCAAGGGACUGGACGGAAGAUGGAUAUGUGAGCCCCCCUGGGGAUCAGACUCCGUACUGUGCUGCAUGCUGGGCAUUUACGACCGCAGCAGCAGUGGAAGGGAUUGCAUAUAUAAAGAGAAAUAGCUCAGUUCAACUAUCCGUGCAGCAAAUCGUUGAUUGUGAUAAGUUGUCUAACCUAGGAUGCAGUGGCGGUCUCGUAACGGAUGCAUUUGACUACGUAAAACGGAACGGAGGCCUCACCAGUGCCGACAAUUACCCAUAUGAUGCUAAGGAUGGAAUAUGCAAUCUCGAUAAGGCAAAACAAUUUAAAGCAAGUAUUACUGGGUUUGCUCGCGUGCCGCCGAAUGACGAGUAUGAGAUGAUAAUGGCAGUAUGCCAGCAGCCGGUAGCGGUCGAUAUUAAGACGACAGAUGAUUUUCAGCUUUACACUGGUGGAGUAUUCAGUAAAGACUGUGGAAAUGGGUUGAUAGACCACUCUAUGACCAUUGUUGGAAUGGGGGAGACUGAUGACGGCGUUAAGUACUGGAAACUGAAGAACUCGUGGGGUCAGGAUUGGGGUGAAGGAGGGUACAUGAGAAUGAUCAGAGGAACUAGCAAGCGAGAAGGUCAUUGUUUCAUCAAUGCGAGAGCUUCUUAUCCCAUAAUUGAUUGACGAUGAGAAUAUGGGACACACUUUCCAAUAAUUGGGAAUUUCUUCCUUAAUUUAGAUCAAUUAAUACCCAAUGGGAACUUUUCCUUUCCCUACUAUUAUAUAUGUAUGAAAAUAAGGGUAAACAUUAUAAAUGGUGUCUGAUAUGAUGUUUUACUCAAUAUCACUCUCGUAGUUUAAAAAUGUUUAAUGUCACAAGCUCACACUUGUAGUUCACAAAAUUAAUCAAUAUUAGUCUGCUAAGUUCUUUUCCUUGGCCACAUA